AUGGCAAUUCCCAGGCCCCAUCCACGCCCACCACUGAUGUCUCGUGUUGAGAAAGGUGGGGUGUUAGCUAUCAUUGAGAUUAGGCCCACUUUUAUUAAGGAGAUCAAGGCCAAGCAGUUUGAGGAUGAGAGCUUGAAUGAGCCAAGAAAGAAGACAGUGUCUAGUAAGGCACAAGAUGUGGUUCUUGAUGUGAGAGAUGUGCUCAAUUUUAAGGGAAGAAUAUUUGUUCCUCGAGUGGAUGACUUGGUUCAGAAGAUGUUGUCAAAAUCCCAUGGUUCGCGUUACCACUCCAACAUUGACAUGGCACCGUUCGAGGCACUUUAUCGAAGGAAAUGUAUGUCACCCAUGGGGUGGUUUGAGGCUGGAGAUGUGAAACCUUUUGGGGUUGAUUUGGUGCAACAUGCUCAGGAUAAGGUGAGAAGUAUCCAAGCUAAGCUUCUAGUAGUCGAGAGUCGACAUAAAAAGUAUGCAAACCACAAGGUAAGGGACAUGACAUAUCUGGAUGGUGAGCAAGUUCUUCUAAAAGUGUCACUUAUAAAAGGGGUGAUGAGAUUCGGUAAGAAGGGCAAGCUUAGUCCUCGAUACAUCGGGCCAUUUUGA